AUGCCCGACGCGACGUUGGAAUCCUUCGGAGAACGGAGGCGGGCGCGGCGGAGACGGGCGCUGGACGGGCUCGGUGACGCGCCCAGCACCGCGUCGAGCGCGAGCAGCAACGACGAUAUCUGCAGCGAGGACGUCGCCGAGGUGGAGCUGCUGGCGAGUGCAGCGCUGUCCGAGGCCAAGGAGGCCACCCAGCUGGCGCGGGCCGCCAAGCGCGCUGAGAUCGAGGCCAAGGUCGCUGCGGCGCGUCUGCAGCAGGCAGUGGCGGCGGCGGGAAGCAGGUCGGCGCCGCGCGCCGUCAAGGAGUCUGACCUCUUCUCGUCGUCGGUGGCCGCCAAGGUAGAGAAGCCGAAACACGAGGCCGGGGUGUCGGUCAAAGCGACGCGGCUGCAGGCGGACUUUGGCGAGAAGAAGUUCAUCAAGCCGUGA